ACAUGAGCGAGAGCAAGGCCCAGCGGGUGGAGAUCAAGGAUGUGGACGGGCAGACCCUCCGGAAGCUGGUGGAUUACAUCUACACAGCGGAGAUCAAGGUGACGGAGGACAACGUGCAGGUGCUCUUGCCCGCCGCCAGCCUGCUGCAGCUGAUGGACGUGCGCGAGGUGUGCUGUGACUUCCUGCAGGCCCAGCUGCACCCCACCAACUGCCUGGGCAUCCGCGCCUUUGCAGACCUGCACACCUGCACCCAGCUGCUGCGCCAGGCCCACACCUACGCAGAGCUGCACUUCUCGGAGGUGAUGCUGGGAGAGGAGUUCCUGGGCUUGAAUCUGCAGCAGGUUUGCAGCCUGAUCUCCAGUGACAAGCUGACUGUGUCUUCAGAGGAGAAGGUGUUUGAGGCCAUGAUUGCAUGGAUCAAGUAUGAUAAGGAGACCCGUUUGGAGCACAUGCCCAAGAUGAUGGAGCAUGUCCGCCUGCCCUUGUUGCCACGGGAUUACCUGGUACAGAUCGUGGAGGAGGAGGCCCUGAUCAAGAACAACAACACCUGCAAGGACUUCCUGAUCGAGGCCAUGAAGUACCACCUGCUGCCUGCCGACCAGCGCCACCUGAUGAAGACCGCCAGGACCCGCCCGCGCACCCCUGUCAGCCUGCCCAAGGUGAUGAUCGUGGUGGGGGGCCAGGCGCCCAAGGCCAUCCGCAGCGUGGAGUGCUAUGACAUCCAGGAGGACCGCUGGUACCCAGUGGCCGAUCUGCCCACCAGGCGCUGCCGAGCAGGCGUGGUGUCCAUGGCCGGCUGCGUGUACGCAGUGGGCGGCUUCAACGGGUCCCUGCGGGUGCGGACGGCGGACGCGUACGACGGCGCGAAGGACCAGUGGAGCUCCAUCCCCAGCAUGCAGGAGCGGCGCAGCACCCUGGGGGCGGCCGUGCUGGGGGAGCUGCUGUACGCCGUGGGGGGGUUUGACGGCAGCACAGGCCUGUCCUCGGUGGAGGCCUACAGCUGUAAGUCCAACGAGUGGGUCUUCGUCGCUCCCAUGAACACGCGCAGGAGCAGCGUGGGCGUCGGCGUGGUGGAGGGGAAGCUAUACGCGGUCGGGGGCUAUGAUGGCGCGUCGCGGCAGUGCCUGAGCACCGUGGAGGUGUACAACCCCGUCUCCAACCAGUGGAGCUUUGUGGCCGACAUGAGCACGCGCCGCAGUGGGGCAGGUGUGGGGGUCCUCGGGGGGCAGCUGUACGCGGCAGGGGGGCACGAUGGGCCCCUGGUCAGGAAGAGCGUGGAGGUGUACGACCCCCCCAGCAACACCUGGAGGCAGGUGUGCGACAUGAACAUGUGCCGACGCAACGCAGGGGUGUGUGCCAUCAGCGGGCUGCUGUACGUGAUCGGGGGAGACGAUGGCUCCUGUAACCUGUCCUCGGUGGAGUACUACAACCCCACCACAGACACCUGGAGUCUCCUGCCCACCAACAUGAGCAACGGCAGGAGUUACGCUGGCGUGUCUGUCGUUGACAAGCCACUAUGACCCAAGGCGCCAGUCAACAGGGCGGUAUGGCCGACAGCGACAGCGACAGCUUCCCUGGUGACAGAGAGAGACCUGGGUCCGAUCCAGCAGGGCGAGGACAACACAAAAAGAGUCCCAACGGCUUAUACAAGAGCAGGGACUCAUGCCAACACUCUAGGAAGGUUCCUGCUAUAAGCGAGUUAUAGCCUUCGAGGGUCCUGCUGGCCUUGUAGGGCCUGAAACAGGGUGUUUUUUUUUUAAUGGAUAUUACUGGCAAGACCAAAACAGCACCUGCUGUGAGGGAAGCUACCUUUGGCUAGGGCUUGUUCUGUCUCAGCAGAGGUUUUUUUUACUCCUCUCCCAUUGUCCUGCAAUAAUUGGACAGUUGAGAAUGAACUAGUUGAAGAAUACACCUUUUUUUGUUUUUGAAGAGCCUCGAGGGUUGAUCUGGCACUAGCUGACCUGAGAAUGGAGACUCAAAGGUCUGCACUUUGCGAAGAUCAUCUCCACCAGCUGGGAGCUGGGUUUUAUACUACUGAACAAGGAUGCACUGAAUCUCAAAAGUGUCAAUUUUUUUUUUU